AUAUUUUAGCCAUACAACGCGUCGUUACUCUCUGUUUUGUGCAUAUCCGUGUUGGGGAAUAUUCUAAAUAUAUAUUUCGUGGGUUAUACAGCGCCAACUUAGCGGGUCACAAAAUGGUUAACGUAACAAUUUACGAUGAGGCACCAACACUUAAGCCCAACGAAGUACCACAAAACAUGGCAGCCGGAGCUGAUUCGCAAUUGGAGCACAUGUGCCGCCUGCAGUUCGACUCGCCCGUUCCCCAUGUGCGCCUCUCCGGAAUUGUGUGCACCAUUGGCCCCGCAUCCCGGAGUGUCGAGAUGCUGGAGAAGAUGAUUGCCACGGGCAUGAACAUUGCACGCAUGAACUUCUCGCAUGGAUCGCAUGAAUAUCACGCCGAGACGGUGGCCAAUGUCCGUCAGGCUGUGAAGAACUAUUCGGCGAAGUUGGGAUACGAACAUCCCGUUGCCAUUGCCUUGGACACAAAGGGUCCUGAGAUUCGUACGGGUUUGAUUGGUGGCAGCGGCACCGCUGAGAUUGAACUGAAGAAGGGCGAGAAGAUCAAGUUGUCCACUAAUAAGGAAUAUCUGGAAAAGGGUUCCCUGGAAGUUGUCUAUGUGGACUAUGAGAACAUUGUCAAUGUGGUAAAGCCCGGCAAUCGUAUCUUUGUCGACGAUGGUCUCAUCUCGCUGGUGGUUCGCGAGGUGAGCAAGGAUUCGGUUACCUGCGAGGUGGAGAACGGUGGUGCACUCGGCUCCCGUAAGGGUGUCAAUCUGCCCGGUGUGCCGGUGGAUUUGCCCGCUGUCUCCGAGAAGGACAAGUCCGAUCUGCAGUUUGGUGUGGAACAGGAUGUGGACAUGGUCUUUGCAUCGUUUAUUCGCAACGCUUCCGCUCUCACCGAAAUUCGCAAAGUCCUGGGCGAGAAGGGCAAGAACAUUAAGAUUAUUUCCAAGAUUGAGAACCAACAGGGCAUGCACAAUUUGGAUGAGAUCAUUGAAGCCGGCGAUGGUAUUAUGGUUGCUCGUGGUGAUCUUGGCAUUGAAAUACCCGCUGAGAAGGUGUUCCUGGCCCAAAAGGCCAUGAUUGCCCGCUGCAACAAGGCCGGCAAACCUGUCAUCUGUGCCACCCAAAUGUUGGAGUCCAUGGUGAAGAAGCCACGUCCAACACGCGCUGAAAUCUCUGAUGUUGCCAAUGCCGUGCUCGAUGGCGCCGAUUGUGUCAUGUUGUCGGGUGAAACCGCCAAGGGUGAAUAUCCACUGGAGUGUGUGCUGACCAUGGCCAAGACCUGCAAGGAGGCUGAAGCUGCUCUCUGGCAUCACAAUCUAUUUGCCGAUUUGGUGCGCAGUGCAUCGGCAACGAAAUUGGAUGCUUCUCAUGCCGUGGCCAUUGCUGCCGUUGAGGCGGCCAACAAGGCCAAGGCAGCCGCCAUUGUGGUCAUCACCACCAGCGGCAAGUCGGCCUUCCAGGUCAGCAAGUAUCGUCCACGUUGCCCCAUCAUCGCAGUUACACGUUUCCCACAGACUGCUCGUCAGGCUCAUCUCUACCGUGGCCUGGUGCCACUUAUCUAUAAGGAGCCCGCACUUGGCGACUGGCUGAAGGACGUCGAUGUGCGUGUCCAGUUUGGUCUGCAGGUCGGCAAGAAGAACGGUUUCAUUAAGACCGGCGAUUCUGUGGUCAUUGUGACGGGCUGGAAGCAAGGUUCCGGCUUCACCAACACCAUUCGUAUUGUCACCGUCGAAUAAAUCUGAACGUUAUGUUUGGAAAUUAAGCGAUGCACCACUUUGUAAGCGUUUUAAGCGCUGUGAGCUUGCAUCAUUACUGUUAUUAACCAAGUUAAUUUAUUAAAAAAAAAAACAUUUUAAAAUAUACGGAUUAUUGGAAAUGGACUUCGAAAUUGAAAUUGGCUACAAUUUACCGCUGCCGAAGCGUCACAGAUGGGCUCCCAGGCGUGGAGCCUCUCGUAUAUAGUACACUCAGAUAUAAUUUAUCAUUGUUAAAUAUAAUGUUCUUCUUAGUAACAAGGAAUAAUAAAAACAAUAUAUAUGUAUGUAUAAAUUAAA